GAAGAUAACGUUCACCAAAGGUAUGGGCGAUUUCAAUCUCACCGAUCUCUUUCAAGGGUCGGCAGAGGGGUUGGGAAAGGGAGGAUUCGGAAGCUGCUACAAGACGAAGCUGGAGAACGACAAGACGGUGGUGGUGAAGAGACUAAGGGACCUUGGACCAGUAACCAUGGAAGAGUUCAUGAAGUAUAUGAGACUGCUAUCUUCCAUGGAGCAUCCAAAUCUACUGCCUCUGCUUGGUUACUACUAUUCCACUACUGAGAAGCUGAUGAUCUCCAACUACGCGAGCAAUGGCAACCUAUUCUAUCGCAUCCACGGAAGAAGCGCCGACAGAAGUCCAUUCACCUGGGCCUCGAGAUUGAAAGUAGCAUAUGGAGUGGCCCAGGCAAUGGAGUUCCUGCACAGGAAGAUGAAUGGGGCGGCCAUUGUUCCCCAUGGCAACUUGAAGACAUCAAACGUUCUUCUCGGUGAGAAUGACAAGCCACUGAUUUGUGACUAUGGACUUCUGCCUCUGGUGUCCCCGUCCCUCGCGGUACAUAGGAUGGUGUGCUACAGGUCGCCGGAUCACCAGCAGAAUCAAAUGGUACUGUCGAAGAAGACGGACGUGUGGAGCUACGGUUGCCUCCUCCUGGAGCUGAUGACCGGAAGAAUCUCGAUGAACUCUAAGCGGGGCGGCCUCCAUGGCAUCCAUCUCUGCCAUUGGGUUAACCGAGCAGUGCGCGAGGAGUGGACGGCGGAGGUGUUCGACAACGAGAUCCUGAAGAAUACGAGGGAGUCCAAUGGAAUGAUCAAGUUGCUGAAGCUUGCUCUGUGGUGCUGCGAAUGGUCGCCGGAGAAGAGGCCGGACAUGGGAGAAGUUGUGGCUGAGGUUGGGAUAAUAAUGACGGGCCGGUUGGAUGCAGAGAGCGACUCGUCGUAUAUCGACUCGGUUUAAUUCGUUGCGUUGAAAUGUUGUUUAUCGUGAAUUAAUGAUAGCUGUAAAUAACAGAAGAGAAGCAUCCUCUGUAAUAAUAUGCAACGGUGCCAUGCUCUUGUAUGAUCGACUGUGGUUUGCAGUAGCCGCGAU